GGUUUACCAAUAUCGUCCUUUGCCCCCGUACAAAGUUGGGGAAGCUAUCCACUCAUGCUUACCCUUGCUGACAGGUCGAAAACACAAAUAUUUGCUAUUUUCUAGUAUAUGCAGAGGUCAAUACCAUACAAGAAGAAAGACAUGGACAGAGUGAUAGGAUGGUUCUGGAGAGACUCUUCAAAAACUCAGGAGAAACAAGAUGAAUUGCCACCAACUGUAGCUGCACAAGACACAGAGAAAACAAAAGAACCUGCAGAAAAUCUUACACAAGUAAACAGUAAUUUAAACAAAAGCAACAGUGCACAAGUGACUGAAGUGAAUAAUCAAGUAAAUAAUGUAGAACCAGUGUUAUACUCAGAUGUAUCAUUAAACACAAAAAUGUUGCUAUGGAUACAAAAGAACACAUACUUACAACCAGAAGAUUGCCUUUUCUGUAAACUGACUGCUACCGGUUGUGCUACAUUGUUACUGGUCGGUGGUUUAAAUGCUUACAGCAAUGCAGCUACGAAAAGGAAUUUCAGAACAGUCACGGUUAAAACAUCUUAUGCACUAAUAUUUGCAAUGUGGGCAACAUUUAUGUGUAAAGAAUGGUGCAAUGCAGUGUUCCUACCACCGGGAGAUCAGCCUAGGUCAUUUUUAGAAGCUGAAAAAUUAAACUUUGCACGUUAUAAAGAAAAAGUAAACUUUGCACGUUCUAAAGAAUCCAGGAAAAGUAAAGAAAAGGAGAAUAAACAAGAGAGUGGUCAACAAUAGUGUAGUUUCCUGGAUCUCAUUUAACAGUUACACAGUGUACGACUGCUUUUAAAGAGUGGAUAUACCAUUAUUGUUUCAGAAUUGAAUGUUUAUCAUUCUAUAAAUGUUUUAUGUACAACAGAAUGUUUUGUCAGUUAUUUAAAUGUUAUUCAUUUUCAGAAUAUGCAGCGCAUUGUUUCCUUGCAAGUGAAUAAAUUCUAAUUAAAACUAGA